AUGAGAAAAUUACAAAACGGUGAAAAAAAAAUUAGAGAUUGGAUUGUAUAUUCUCCGUCCAAAAACGCGCUGUUUUGUUAUCAAUGUUUACUUUUCUCACCAAAACCAACGGUUUUUGGAAAUAAAGAUGAAGGAUUUAUAAGCUGGAAAAAGUGUAAUGAAAUUUUACAUGAACAUGAAACCAGUAAAAAUCAUGCUGAAUCAGUGAAAAUUUGGUUUUCUCGAAUAAAAAAAGACUGUAGUGUGAUUGAUAUAGAACUAAAAAAAGAUAUUGAAAAUCAGACUUCUUAUUGGAAAAAUGUUUUACAUAGAAUAGUCGAGACAAUUUCCUUUUUAGCAUCGAGAGGCUUAGCUUUUAGAGGAGACAACCAGACUUUUGGUUCAAAACAAAAUGGUAAUUACUUAGGUUACUUAGAACUUUUGGCAAAGUUUGAUCCAUUUCUUUCUGCACACAUAGCCAAAUAUGGAAAUAAAGGAAAAGGAAAUGUGUCCUAUUUGUCAUCAACUAUAUGCGACGAGUUCAUAAUGCUGAUGAUGGACUCGAAUCCUGAUAUAACAACACAUGAUCAGCUCACAAUUGCAGUACGGUAUAUUACAAAAGAAGACAAGCCUGUAGAACGUUUUCUUGGUUUUAUGUCCUCUGUAGGACAUAAAGGAACAGAUAUGGAAUUGAUAAAAAAAAUGUGCACAACUCGUUGGUCUUCGAGGUACGAUGUUUGUAAAGCAAUAUUUAAUGGAUAUGAACAAGUUCUCAGUGCUUUAAAAACUAUUCGUGAUGAUGAAAGACAAAAAAAGGAAACUAGACAUGAAGCCUCUUCUAUUUAUAAUAAAAUUAAGAGUUUAAAUUUUUGUUUCAUGAUUUGUAUGUGGACGCCUAUACUUCAAAGAUUUAAUGCGACAAGUGUAACUUUACAAUCUAUUGAUAUUGAUUUAGUCACAGUUGUAACAUUAUACAAAUCAUUGGAAACAUAUUUAGAAGACAUUAGAAACAAAUUUGACUUUUUCUUAGAACAAGCAAAAAUAAUGUCUUCAGAAAAAUGUUUUUCCUGGGAAAUUUCAAGAAAGAAAAAAAGAAAAAGGUUUUUUGAUGAAAAUGAAACUGCAGAUGAAAAAGUAUUGGAAAGUUGUCAAAAGAUGAAGUGUGGAGUAUUCUUAGUUAUAAUUGACCGAUUAAUGUGA